CCCCGCCUCCUGCACACGCGCGGCGGCCGCGGCGAGGGGGCUCCGGGCGGGCUCGGCUGAGGGUCGCGCCGCUGCUUGUGUGUCUCCUCUCUCGCACCCAGCCCGGGCCGGCGAGGAGCGCGCGGGGGGCCAUGGCCGGCCCGGAGGACGCUGCCCGCGGCUGCCCGCGCGCCUGAGCUCGCCCCCUGCACCAUGGCCCGGCGCCGCGGACCCCGCCGGCCUCCCCAGGGCCCCCGCGGAGGACGAGCGGCCCCGGCCCGGCGCUGAGGCCUCCCCGCCGGCGGCCAAGUGGACAGUCCUUCUUCUUUCCCCACGCGUGUGUCGUGAGGUCUACGUGGCCUGUGUCCUUUUUACUUUUCUUGUGGUUUGGGAUCCUUUUUUUUUUUUUUUUUUUUAAAUUUUGGGGUGUGUGUGUGUGUGUGUGUUUUGAGAACUUGGGCAGCCGAGGAGGAGAGGCGGUGCAGGUGGCGGUGGUGGCGGCAGCCGGCACCGGGGAUGGAGGUGGUGGACGCGCAGGAGCUGGGCGUGUUCGCCGAGGACGAGCUCAUGUCGGUGGCCAUGGACGCCUUCAUCCACCGCAUCGACUCCACCGAGGUCAUCUACCAGCCCCGGCGCAAGCGGGCCAAACUCAUCGGCAAGUACCUGAUGGGGGACCUGCUGGGCGAGGGCUCGUACGGCAAGGUGAAGGAGGUGCUGGACUCGGAGACGCUGUGCCGGCGCGCCGUCAAGAUCCUCAAGAAGAAAAAGCUGCGACGGAUUCCCAACGGGGAAGCCAACGUCAAGAAGGAGAUCCAGCUGCUGAGGCGGCUGCGGCACCGCAAUGUCAUCCGGCUGGUGGACGUGCUGUGCAGCGAGGAGAAGCAAAAGAUGUAUAUGGUGAUGGAGUACUGCGUGUGCGGCAUGCAGGAGAUGCUGGACAGUGUUCCUGAGAAGCGCUUCCCCGUGUGCCAGGCCCACGGGUACUUCUGCCAGCUCAUCGACGGCUUGGAGUACCUGCACGGCCAGGGCAUCGUGCAUAAGGACAUCAAGCCAGGCAAUCUGCUGCUCACCACCAGUGGGACCCUCAAGAUCUCCGACCUGGGGGUCGCUGAGGCCCUGCCCCCCUUUGCCGCGGACGACACAUGCAGGACAAGCCAGGGCUCCCCGGCCUUCCAGCCACCCGAGAUCGCCAAUGGCCUGGACACCUUCUCCGGCUUCAAGGUGGACAUCUGGUCUGCUGGUGUCACGCUCUACAACAUCACCACGGGCCUGUACCCGUUCGAGGGUGACAACAUCUAUAAGCUCUUCGAGAACAUUGGCAAGGGCGACUACACGAUCCCUGGUGACUGUGGCCCCCCGCUCUCGGACCUGCUGAAAGGAAUGCUGGAGUACGAGCCGGCAAAGCGGUUUUCCAUCCGGCAAAUCCGGCAGCACAGCUGGUUCCGGAAGAAGCACCCCGUGGCCGAGGCGCUUGUGCCCAUCCCGCCCAGCCCGGACACCAAGGACCGCUGGCGCAGCAUGACCGUGGUGCCCUACCUGGAGGACCUGCACGGGGGCGCCGGCGAGGACCCCGACGGGGAGCGCUUCGACCUCGAAGAGGACAUCAUCUACACUCAGGAAUUCACCGUGCCCGGUGGUGAGGAGGCCGCGGAGGCGGGGCUUAGCGAGGAGGCGCAUGCGCAGAAGAGCCCGAGCCCCGCCCUCCCCGGCGAGGGGGCCGCACACUAGCCCCGCCCGCUCUGGGCGUCCCGGCCCCUUUGUCGCCAUAAAGCUUUGCUCCCUGUGACUGUGGCUGAGGGUUUCCUGUCCACCCGGUUCCUAGUGCAGGGAGGGCUGGGGCGACCCUGGAGGCCCCUGGGUUCUGACUGCGCACCUGCUUCCUGAGGGGCUGGGCCGGGCGUGUCCUGGGAAGGGAGCCAGCGGGGUGGUGCUGCAGGAAGCUGCCCAGUGUGGGGGUCUGGGGAGAAAGGCCCGGCCUAACCAGGUGGAGCCGCGCUUUGCGCAGCUCUUGGUCCUUCAGCUGGGACCCUGUAAACUCCACUGUGGCUCCCAGCACUGCGAGCGGGACACAUCCCAGCUGACCCCUCCCCUCCCUUGCACAGGCCAAGGCCUGGCACCCAGGUCCCGUGCCUCAUUGCUUUGUGUGCCCUGAGGGCUCUGGGGCCCAUGAGGGAGGUCCGGGGCCCCCCUGCACCCCACAGCUCAGCUGAGGUGUGCAGUGAGGGCAGCAGCAGGCAGGCCCCCGGCCCACUCCACAGGUGAGCGCCCAGGCCUGGAGCUGGGUCUGAUGCUGCACAGGAUGGCCUGUGCCUCACUGUGUAGGCUGCAGCCUCUACAGACGCUUCGACUGGCCUUGGACCAGGUCGCCGCCCAGGAGACUAGGCCCUUCUAGGGGCCAGGGCCAGUGCCAGCGUAGGGCAGGGAUGUCCCUGGGCAGCUGCUGGAGGGAAGUAGCUGGGUGCCUGGCGGGUUUGGGGUGGCCUUCUGCUCAGGCCCCACCUGGGCUUCCUCCCAGGGCAGGUCCCAGCGGAGGAGGUCGGCCAGAACGGACAGAGCCGGGGGCUGCCCAAGGCCUUGUGCAUGAACGGCA